UUGACUUGGGUGCAGGAGAGACAGGAAGGCAGAAACGCCCUGUGAGCAGAUUCAGAGGAAGACAAGGUCCCAAAGCAAGGUCCUGAACCUGUGCAGAGAGAGGGAGAGAGAUCCAGGAGCAGAGACACCACACUUCACCAUGAUGCCUUCAGAGGUGGAGGCCAAAGGCUGAAGAGCACAAGAGGGUGAUACGUACGCUUGGAAACACUUCAGAGAGAGGCGAACAUGAAGAGGACGGGGGAAUCGGAAGUGCGGAUCGUCCUCCUUGGCAAAUCCGGAGUCGGAAAGAGCGCCACGGGGAACACCAUUCUUGGCCGGAGGGAGUUUGAGUCCCGGCUUCAGGCCAGGACCACGACCGUGGCCUCCCAGCGGCGCCAUGGGAAGUGGAAGGACCUGGCUGUUUCUGUGGUUGACACGGCGGACGUCUGCGACCCCAAAGUCCCCAGCGAAGAACUGGAGCCCAGGGUCCGGCACUCCAUCGCCCUGGCCAGGCCCGGCCCCCAUGCAAUCCUGUUCGUGACCCAGCUCGGCCAAUUCACCCCGGAAGACCAGGCCGCAGCAGAGCAGCUCCAGGAGAUGUUUGGGGCAGAGGCCGUUCGGCACGCGAUUGUCCUCUUCACCCACAAAGAGGACCUGGGAGGGAUCUCCUUGCAGGAAUACGUCAACAGGUCCCAAAACGAAGCUCUCCUGGGGCUGAUCGGGAAAUGCGGGAACCGGUUAUGCGCCUUCGACAACAACGCCCUCGAGGAAGACCAGGAGGAGCAAGUCUCAGAUUUGAUGGAAAUGGUCCUGAGUAUGAUCCGGGAGAACAGGAGGCUUCACGGCAACAAGAGGCCGUACCUGGAAUCUUCCAUGAUGGAGGAAGCCUCCGGAUCUUUCAUUGAAGAAAGGAGGAGAGCCGAGGAAAGGGAAAGAGGAGCCUUGGAGAGGUUCAGCCGCAGGACGGCAUUGGCAGUCGUCGCCUUGGGCGCGUGUCUUGCUUGCCUUUAUGGCCUCAUCUAUCUCACUUCUAACAGGGAUUGAGAAAAGAUGGAAAGCCAAUCGGCUGCCACCAUAGUAUAUUUCAAGACAAUGGUAAUUGCCCAUUGUGUGAGCAAGAAACUAGACCCACUUCCUCCAGAUAUAAAAUAGGAUGUGGCUCCAUUGGAAAAUACAACCAGACACAUGAGUCCCUAUCAGGGAAAGAGCAGGAUAAAAAUAAAGAUGGUGAUGAUGAUUA